AUGGGUGAAAUGGUACGAGAAGAGAUUUUGAGGAGAGUUAAAAAAGCAGGAGUAUUUUCAAUAAUUAUAGACACAACUACUGAUGUUUCAAACUUGGAGCAGUUUUCAUUAGUCCUACGUUUUGUUAAUGAAGAAGGUCAAACUGAAGAGAGACUUGUUGCUAUGAAAGAAGCCCCUGAUUCUAUAGGAUUGGGAAUGUUUAAUGUUUUUUUUGUUGUGGAUACAUGUGAUAAAUAUUCAAGUAUUAGAAAUUUCUUUGGAGAUGUUCAACAAUUGAUCACAUAUAUGAGGGCAAGAAAACGAACAGCCAUAUUCCUAGAGCAACAAAUUAAAUGCUAUCCUUCUGAAAGGCCAUGUAGAAUGAAAAACUUCUCUACCACCCGUUGGACUUCUCAUGAUCGUGCAUUAUCAGCAAUUACUAUGGUGGAUGUUUGUGCUAAAAAAUUAUCUGAAUUAAGAAAUGAGCAGAGCUUUAAUGAUUUAAUUACAAAAACAAAAUAUUUUGUUAAUGAAAUUGGUUUAGUUGAAUGUGAGUUGCCAAAUAUACGUAGCCGUCGCAGGAAACUGUUGCCUGGAGAAAUUGUUUCUGAUAAAGUUAUUACAAAUCCUUAUGAAAAAUUUAAAAUUGAAGUUUAUUAUGUAGUAUUGGAUCAAGUAAAUACUUCUAUUAUAAGUAGAUUUGAAGGUGCACGAGAUAUAUUGUCCAACUUGUCAUUAUUGACUUUUGAUCGGUUAGAGGCAACUAGAGAAGGAACUGAAAUUCCUCAAGAUAAUUUUAUUGCGUUUAUGAAUUGGAUUCCUAAUUUAAAUCUUGAUAAUUUAAAAAUGGAAUAUACCAUAUUUGCGAGUAGUUUUAUUAACUUAUACAAUGGUAUACAUUUUUCCAGUAUUAACUCAAAUAAGGAUCUGAUCAUUGAUAGCGAAAAUGAAACUAAACAUGAUUCUGACUCAUAUAAUGAAAUAGACAUUGCAGCAUUCCCAAACCUUUUUGUAGUAUAUAAGUACUUAUGCACUAUUCCUACAACAUCUGCUUCAAGUGAGAGAUCAUUCUCUAAAGUAAAACUUGUUAAAACUCGACUUAGAUCUACUAUGAUGCAAAAUAGACUUAAAAGUCUCAUGCUAAUAUCAUGUGAAAAAGAUAUAGUUUUAAAUCCAGAAGAAUUUUUGAACAAAUAUGCUUUGACAUCUUCAUUGCUGCGAAAAGAAUUGUUGUUCAAAUAA